AUGGACGUUGAAGUUUUACAUUCCUGUUUUGUGGGGACACUCCAAGCCGAUGAAGGCAUCAGAGCAAAUGCUGAGGGUCAGUUGAAAGAGUUGGAAAAAAAUUUUGGGUUCUUGGGUGCAUGCUUGGAUAUAUUGAACGAAGAAGGAGUCAGCACGGAUACGAAAAGGGCCUGUGUAACAUACUUUAAGAAUCGAAUUGUGAAGAACUGGGGUAACUCUCAGGCUAUAGAUCAUGAUGAAAGGCCGAUAAUUAGAGAACGUCUGGUUCAAGGGUUAAUCAACAACGAAAGAUUUGUUCAGAAUAUGCUGUUCCCGGCCCUUAGUACAAUACUUGCCUAUGAUUAUCCCAAGUCUUGGCCAGAGUUUCUACCCCUAACAAUCAAUCUGCUCAAUGAUACAGCCAAUCAGAAUGCAGUUUUUGCAGGUAUUGUAUGCCUCAGUGAAAUAUGUAGAAGUUAUAGGUGGUCUGAGAAUGCAAGUCGAAGUUCCAGCCUAGAUCCCAUCAUUAUGAAAACGUUUCCUGGAAUACUAACUAUUGCAAAUUCAUUAUUGGAAGUUGACACAGAUACCGUUCUAGUCGGUGAAAUGCUAAAGCUCAUUUUAAAAUGUUAUAAGUUUGCCACCUAUUAUGACCUUCCAGAACCACUAAGGACGGAGAGUAGUAUAUAUGGAUGGGGCACACUACAUGUUAGGAUUAUUCAAAAACAACUUCCUGCCUCCGUAAUGGCAAAAGAUGAAGAUGAAAGAGUUAGAAGUCCGUAUGUGAAGGCUCAAAAAUGGGGAUUUAACAACCUGACGCGAGUGUUCACAAGAUAUGCAUCCAACAACCUGUCCCAAAAGUUUGAUUAUCCUGAAUUUAAAACAGUGUUUAUCAACCAUUUUGCCCCUGAGCUCAUCAAAACAUAUUUCCAGAUCAUAGGCCAAUGGAGGGAGGGCUCCAAAUGGCUCUCCCCUGCGUGUCUCUACGGCCUAGUCGAGUUUAUUGAAUACUGCAUACCCCAAAAGGAUACUUGGAGGCUUAUCAAACCAUCUGUCAAUGAUUUGAUAGCUCAUUUUGCGUAUCCUCUUUUAAUUCCUUCGGACUCGUUGUUGGAGCUUUUUGAGAGCGACCCUUACGAGUAUAUCCAUAUGAUAUUAAAUGUUUAUGACUCGACGACGUCUCCUGCUAUGGCUGUGGUGUCUUUGUUGUACACACUACUGCAAAAACGCUCAAAGUCAUGUUUAGAGUUAGUCAUGCAACUUAUCUAUGAGAAGCUGACCUCUCUGGAGGAUGAUAACUCACUGGAGGGUGCAAAACAGAGAGAGGGCGCUUUUAGAUUACUGGGCGCAAUUGCUCAUAAACUGGUGAAGAGGAACUGUGUUUUCUAUCCUCAGAUAGAACAGUUUUUGGCGACGUUUGUUUUUCCGUACUUUAAUUCUCCAUACGGGUUCUUGAAUGCAAGAACAUGCGAAGUUGCUACUAAAUUUGACGGCUUGGAAUUUCAAAAUAAAGAGAACUUAGCUACUUUAUAUCGAGGGGUAGUCAAUUGUUUCCAGAAUGAAACUGAUUUACCUGUACAGCUGGAGGGAGCUUUAGGUAUUCAAACCUUUAUUGAUGCUCCUGAAUUUAAAGAGGCACUUGAACCAAUUAUUCUUCCAACCAUGCAAAAAUUACUCAACCUUUCAAACAUUAUGGAGACUGAUACGAUCUCUGCUGUGAUUCAAAACUUGGUUGAGAAUUAUGCUGAGCAAUUACAACCGUUCGGUCUAGAAUUGAUGGAUAAACUGACUGAACAGUUGUCAAGACUAUUAGUUGAGAUAGAAACAUCUACAGAACAAGAUGAUAAUACAGAGAAAGAAAUGGUUGUUCUAGGAACUUUGAACACCAUCAUAACUGUUCUACUGUCGUUUGAAAAUUCGAAGGAGACUAUCUUACAAUUGGAACAAUCAUUUUAUCCAGCAAUCGAAUAUUGUCUAAAGAAUGGAAUGCAAGAUUUCUUCACUGAAGUUGCAGAGCUGAUCGAAAACUCAACAUUCUUAACGAGAUCAAUUUCGCCGCUAAUGUGGCAGGUUUUCGAGCUAGUUAUGAAUACUUUUGAGAAUGGAACUGGAAAGUUUUAUCUUUCCGACUUUGUCCCAGCUUUGAAAAAUUAUCUGACUUUCGGAGCCGAAGUAUUCAAGAAGAAUGCUCAUUAUAACAAUGCUAUGAUGAAACUCAUUAUUUCUUCGUUUGAAGAUGCCCUCGACAACAACGAUUUAGAUGAAGAGCAGUUGUCAAUUGCAUGCAACCUCGCUUUCACCUUUGUAUUAUGUUUGGGAGAGGAUUCUAAGCCAUUCCUCCCAACAUUGCUAAAAACCACCAUUGCCAUGUCUAAUCUCAAAGUCAGAACCUAUGAAUGUAAGGUGUUUCUCAAUGAUGUUGUCUUGGCUUGCUUUGUUCAUGAUAUCCAAGGAACACUCCAGUCUUUGCUUGAGUCCCAAACACUAUACCCUCUGUUAACUCAUUGGUUUGACCUGUCACAGCAUUUGUUCAGAGUAUUUGACCUGAAACUUUCGUUGAUCGCUGCGAUGAGCAUAAUCAAUCUCCCAAGGGACUUUUUGAUCCAGACAAAGCUUGAUUCUCUCCUUCCUAACUUUGGACUUAUGAUUUCUUCUCUACUCAGAAAGCUACCCGAUGCCAUUACGAACUUGACUAAACAGAGAGAGGAAUACGAUGAAACUCUUUUGGCAUCUGCGUCAUCAAAAGCUGAAGAUGAGUUUUUACAGGAACCAGAAGGCGAUGAUGAUGAUGACCACCCUGAUGUUCUCAAGGAUGAUUAUCUUCAAUUCUUGCAAACUGCUCAAUCUAAGGAUGAUGUAGAUGAAUUCACGAUGGUUGAUGAUCCCCUUACAACGACACCUCUUGAUUCAGUAGAUGUGUUUGGUAUAUUUAAACAGGUGUUUACAGGAAUUUCCAAUAAUGACUCUCUAAAGAAGGAUCUUUUCAGCCAAAAGUUAUCUAGGGAGGAUCAGGAGGUCAUUCAAAGCGUAUUAGAAGUAACUAAAUAG